AAAAUACCAUUUUCCUCAAAUAAUUUCUAAAAUGAGGUUGUUUGGGAUAUGAAUAGGGCAGUAGCCUCCUGCUUCUUUUUGCAAUCAAUAGGAGGCACAGUUGGGCUAAUUUAAUUGCCAUCUAGAAUCAGUCUUCCCCCUUGGUGCUAUGACCCUAACUGGGUUCCUCAGCGUGUUAUUUAACAUGACGAAGUGUCAUACAGUUGUGCUUAAUAAGGUUCAGGGAAGGAGGAUAUUCACAUUUCGUAAAUCUGUUCUGAGCCCUGUCUAAAACCUGAGCAGAGAGUCCCAGUUUUUUAUUUCUAAGAAUAAAAAUUUUAAAGCCAGACAAACUUGAUAUUGUAUUCAAAACAGAACACUAACAUUUUGAUCACACUGAUCAUGUAUUUUCUCUUAAGGUAUACCAAUAAGGCAGAAAUAAAAUGGAAUAAGUAGGCAAGAUGGACGACUGGUUAGCCUGGAAGAGGCUAAUCAUUUCUCUAAGGAUGAACACUGGAUAUCACUCUUGGGGUACAUACUCCCAGUCAGAGCCUUGAAGUAAUUCAAAAUAUACCAGUCUGUUGACAACUGCCAAACUGCCUUCAUUUGGCAACCCUAAUCAGUUACGUGUCCCCCAGCCAGACGGAAUGUAUUGUUCACAGGCAGGGUGGGGGGAGUAUAUUUGUGGCAGAUAGUUCCCUGGAGUUGUAUUUUAAUGUGUUCAGUGUUGCUCCUUUUAAUAAAAUUGUUUCUGAACAUGCUGGCAAGACCUUUGUAACACCUUGUUUUGCUGGACGUUAACCUUGACUGUCAAAACACCUAAGUAUCUUUGGGAGUUUUCACAGGAUUAUCACCUCUUCAAAUGUCUCUGUAAGCCACAGUUCUGCUGGCAUUGCUCUCUGUUCGGUAAUGUGCCUCCCCAAUGACUCCAGCUGUCAGUGUGUAAUUCUGACAAUAUUGGUCCAGCCAAGCACAAAACUCUGCAUCAGGGAUCCCUGCUCUGGAUCAAAUUUCGGCCUGAAUUCUCAUCAUUUAACCCUUGGACCACUUUAUUCGACUCUUGAACACAUCGCUUAGUUACCAUGUAAGCUGUCUAGCACUGGUGCUAGGCACUGGCCCGCCCUUUCUUCAGAGACUGGACCGUGAUUCUGGUUGUACCUCAGAUGUUCUCAGUUUCUAUCUUCAGCUCAACACCCUGGCAGUCCAGGUCUUGGAACAUAUCCCUACACAGAUGUGGCCUCCAAGUGAGACUCUUAUUUCCUAAACCUUCCUGUCUGACAUUAAAAAGAGCAAAUAGAACUAAUUUGUCUACACCCAAAGCUCUGCAGAGAAUUUUCCCCGUGUGUUUGUUAAGGAUGUUAGGCUUGGUGCGUCUCCGUGAAAGUCAUCGAGGAUCAACUCAUCAGAAAUAUCCUAGCUGUAGACGAGUUUAUUAUGUGGCUCAAGAUGACUUCUAUCUCCAGUGCUAGUUCUUUUGAUAACUGCUUGCUCUUACACUAGUUCUAGGUGGGCCUCGCAAGUUAAGAUUCCAGGCUAUGAUUACCUCUGCACUAACACUUAAAGAACAGCCAUCGGUUCUCAGGAAGUGCCGCCUCUACCGACAUAAAAGUCGUAUUUGUGCUUGAGAAAAUCAUCAGCGUUCUUCCUAGGGAGAAGCAUGGACACUUAAAAAAUUUGGAUCUGUGAGGUGCGAUAACUCAUUGCACCCCAUAUCCUACCAGCACCUAUUGGCAAAAUUCUGCACGAGUCUGUUGUGUCCGUUUCUCACAGUAACAUGGAGCCAACAUGUUGGGGGAUCAACAUCACACAGCAGCCAGCCGUUUUAGAUAAUGAUAUUUGUGGACAAUAUCUGCAACAGAGGUACCAGCAACUACUGAAGUUGGUUGUUUUUCAGGAACGGAAAAAGAAAAAAAAAGCUCGCCCUCCAAGGGAAAAUAUUCCAGUGAACAGAAAGGAGAUGCUGACAAAAAAGGACAGAGGCCUUUCUCCCUGACAUUCUGUAGAGCCAAGGCCGAAGAACACCACCCUGGGCUUGAGGUUUCGGUCUGUGGAGGAAGAAAAGCUUAAAGUCCAUCACAGACUUCCAAGAUGAUCAUCUGUCCAUUCGUACUCUGUAGGCUCUCAAAUGCCUAGCGCUCUGCACGCCUCUUAGUAGUCCCCGAAGAGAAGCUGUUCUACCAGAAGAAGCACAUCACUUUACCAUCUGAGCCAUGGCUUUUCCCGUCACCCACCCUUAUCUUCCCUCUCUGAUGUUUCCAAAUGAUACGACUAUAUUUCUCUCAAGGCAAAGAGCAUUUGGCUUUUUCCCCAGCUGAAUAGAUGAGAAAUGUAUAGCAAUUUUAGUCGUGUUCGUGGACUCCAGUGCUGAAAUUUGUUUAACUGGUUCUGUUUUAAAGGUUCAGUUCUUUUUAGCUUCUAGUGACCUGGUACCUGAGGGUACACUGUGGUUGUUCUCCAGUAAAAUACCUCUGGGAUGAGAAUGUGAACCCUAUUGUGCUCCAGAAACUUGGUUUUAACCCACUUGUUAUCUAAGGUCAAGCAUCUCAUUCAGAGGCUUCCUCCUUGUGCACUCUGAAUCCUGCACCCUGUACCUCCAUUUUGUUAGCUGGUUCUUGUUUUGAGAAAGUUGUUGGGGCCAGCAGCAGGAGCCCUUUUGUUCUGGGGAGAUCUUUGUUUGGGUCCUAAAGUGACCCUAAAGAUUUUUUGUUUUGGUCUCUACAAGAACUGCUUCCGCCACACUGCUCGUCUUUUGGAAAAAGGAGAAAAGCUUUGCCUUUUCAUAUUAUUAUCUUCUCUGUUCCUAUUUCCACUGUUCUUUGGUUCUUUCCCCCUUGUGAAUAUCAUCUUUUCUCCAUUUUACCCAGAAAAGCAAUGCAAUGAGGGAAUUAGUAGUUUUGUUGCAUAUGGACUUUAGAUUCAUUGAGGGAAGGGGAGUGCUUGCCUUCUCACACUGGAAGCAUGAACUGAGACUUUGGGAAUCUAGGGUUAUGGUCAGCCUCCAGGGAUGGAGGUAAGUAAGGUAAGUUUAAGAUAUUUCAGUGGGUUCAAAACCAUGAGGACAAUAUGGCAUUUUUAAUUAUCCUUAGGCUAUGAAUAAUGUGCUGUGACUCGGUAUUCUUAGCCAUAUCCCCACCCCUCGUUGCCACCACCUGAAGGCUUUGUGUGUGGUCUGUGGUCUGUCUGGUUCAUGGUAUCUCUCAUCCCUGAUGGCCAAGAACACUUGAAAUCUGAUUCUAUCUCUAAUGACUGCUUCUGACUACUCCCCAAGGCAAGUUUAUCUUUUGAUCAUUAAUCCAAAAAUACUUACUUGUCUCUUUCCAUAGGAUCCUGAGUUUUUGCCCACAUUAUAUACUCUUAUCAGAUGUUAUACACGUGAGGAAGAUUCUAGGACAUGAUAGAAAAAAACAAAGAAUCUUGAUUAGUCUGCACUUUAAUCGGAAAAAUGUUUAGCGCCUCCUCAUUUAAACUCCCUGGUCUCCCAUGUUUACGCCCAUAAAUCAAGAGUGCGUGUGAGCCUUAACAUAUAUGACAAGGACUUUUCAUAGAUGCAGAAUUGGCAUUUAAAUUCUUUUUACUGUGCCCACAGGAAGUAAAAUUGAGGCUUUCUACCAGACUUGAUGGCAUUGUGAUGGCUGCCUAGUGUGUGUAAUCAUGGUAGAUGACAAAAGUUUAGACAAAAUAUGACACCUGCUCGUAAGAAGCUUACAAGAUCCAUAUGGCUUUGGAGAUGGUCGAGAUACAAGACGAGAUAGAUCCCCAAUCCGAGGAAGUCCAAGGAGAGAGCCCAGGGAUGGCAGAAAUGGCCGGGAUGCCCGUGAUAGCAGAGCCAUGCGAGACCCCCGAGACUUGCGGGACCACAGAGAUACCAGAGACAUUCGGGAUCACAGAGACAGCCGAAGUAUGCGUGAUGCUCGGGACAUGAGAGACCUUAGAGACUUUCGUGAUCUAAGAGACUCUAGGGAUUUUCGAGAUCACCGGGACCCCAUGUACGACAGAUACAGAGAUAUGAGAGACUCCCGAGAGCCCAUGUACAGGAGAGAGAGCUCUUAUGACCGAUACCUGCGAAUGGACGACUAUUGCCGGAGGAAGGACGACGCUUACUUUGACCGCUACAGAGAGAGCUUUGAUGGACGAGGCCCUCCGGGCCCAGAAAGUCAGUCUCGUGCAAAAGAGCGUUUGAAACGUGAGGAAAGGCGUAGAGAAGAACUUUAUCGUCAAUAUUUUGAGGAAAUCCAGAGACGUUUCGAUGCCGAGAGGCCUGUUGAUUGUUCUGUGAUUGUGGUCAACAAGCAGACUAAAGAUUAUGCUGAAUCUGUGGGCCGGAAGGUACGAGACCUGGGCAUGGUAGUGGACUUGAUCUUCCUCAACACAGAGGUGUCACUGUCCCAAGCCUUGGAGGAUGUUAGCAGGGGUGGGUCUCCUUUUGCGAUCGUCAUCACCCAGCAACACCAGAUUCACCGCUCCUGCACAGUCAACAUCAUGUUUGGAACCCCUCAAGAGCAUCGCAACAUGCCCCAGGCAGACGCCAUGGUGCUGGUGGCCAGAAAUUAUGAGCGCUACAAGAACGAGUGUCGGGAGAAGGAACGUGAGGAGAUUGCCAGACAGGCAGCCAAGAUGGCCGAUGAGGCCAUUCUGCAAGAAAGGGAGCGCGGGGGUCCCGAGGAAGGAGUGCGCGGGGGGCACCCUCCGGCCAUCCAAAGCCUCCUCAACCUGCUGGCAGAUAAUCGGUACCUCACUGCGGAGGAGACCGACAAGAUCAUCAACUACCUGCGAGAGCGGAAGGAGCGCCUUAUGAGGAGCAGCACCGACUCUCUGCCUGGCCCGAUUUCCCGCCAACCACUCGGGGCGACCUCGGGUCCCUCGCUGAAGACACAGCCAAGCUCCCAACCGCUCCAGAGCGGCCAAGUGCUCCCCUCUGCUACACCCAGUCCAGCUGUACCCCCCACCUCCCAGCAGGAGCUUCAGGCCAAAAUCCUCAGCCUCUUCAAUAGUGGCACGGUUGUGGCCAAUAGCGGCUCUGCAUCCCCCUCAGUCGUUGCCGGAAACACCCAGAACCAGAAUUUUUCCACAGGAGUGAACAGCCAGCCUCAGCAAAGAUCACAGGCCUCUGGCAAUCAGCCUCCAAACAUUUUGGGACAGGCAGGAUCUGCUCGGAACAUGGGCCCCAGGCCUGGGGCUCCUUCCCAAGGGCUCUUUGGCCAACCUUCCAGUCGCCUGGCACCUGCCAGCAACAUGGCUAGCCAGAGGCCCGUGUCUUCCACAGGUAUCAACUUUGACAAUCCAAGUGUACAGAAGGCUCUGGACACUCUGAUCCAGAGUGGCCCUGCUCUCUCCCACCUGGUUAGCCAAACCACAGCACAGGUGGGGCGACCCCCGGCCCCGAUGGGAUCUUACCAGAGGCAUUACUGAGGCUCAAUCUCUCAACUACCCCCAGUCCCUUCAUCCCCUGGCCUCCCACCUACUGCGUUCAAAUAGAGUUAUUUGGAGGAUGUUUUCUGCGCCUCUCCAGGUCUACAUCGAAUGUUUCUACCACCUGCUCUCACUUCUGCCCGAGGCUGUGUUGCUUAUUCCUUCCAGAGUCAGAGUUUAUACUGUAUUUGGGGGUGUAUCUUUUUUUGUUGUUUUUGUUUUUUGUUUUGUAGAAAAUAAAUAUUGGGGUCACUUGGGCAGUAUAGGUGUCUGGGCUCAGUUUAUAUGUCAUGGGUUUCUCUGGUCUCUCUGUCCACUGAUUCGAAGGUUGCGGUGGGGGGGAGGUGGCAGGAGGAAGCCGAGCCCGAUCGGCUGAGAUCGGAAUGGCGCUUUCAUGUCAUUCGCCACCGCCUUUGUUCAUUUUGAAUCUGCCAGGGUUUAACAGCUUUGCGCAGGCCGACCAGAUCUCAAGCUCCUGUCUGCAGCUCCUGCCUAAGGUUGCAGAGGACCAGCCUGGGCUUGGCCAGCACAGCACUGUCCUUGUGCCCCCAUCCCAUGUGUGUGGGGUCUGCUUGAGGACUCACUGACCAGCUGCCCUGGAGUUGCUGAGAAGUGUCCGUGGCAGCCACAGAAGCAGGCGCUUUUCUACAUCAUCCGGGGUUGUGGGUUUAGAGUUUUCUUUUUGUUUUCUUUUUGUUUUUUUUUCUUUUUUUUUCUUCACUUCAUUGGAGGCUCUCCAGUGAGCUGAACAACUCCCAUCACCAGCAGUUCAACAAGAACUGUGAAUCUGGACCCUGACCACUCUCACCCCCUUUAACAUUUCUGUCAGCCUCUCCCUCUCCAGUGCUAGUUUCAUGGAGGUUCUGAGAAGGCAGCUCUAGACUCUGGCAGGGAACACCCUUUUUUUCUCCCCCCAGUGAUUGUUUUGAGCUUUUGGCUCAGAAAUCAGGUUCUUAUUUUCAUCUGGAUUCUUGUUCUGUUUUCUGAGCAGCAGGAAGUAGGGACCAUUUUGAUGUCAGACUUUUGGUAGCUGGACAUGUCCUUAACACAGGUGGCUGUUCCUAACUUUUGAGCCAGAGUGAAACUAUUAGGAGGGAGAACUUCUGGCUGCUGCUCUAACUGGAGCCCAAGCAAGCUGCCCUCUCCCUAGGGAUGGUGCUCAUUAGAGCCCUGUGGAUCACAGCCUCAAGGGGCCCCUGGCGGGGUGAGGGAGAGCAGUGACUUCAGCUGAGUCCCUGCCAGUGGCUGAGUAAACAAAUGAUUUCAAAAAUUCAAGGUCCCCAGGUGGCAGCGUUUUAUGUUCUGACAUGUUUGUGUUAUAGAGUGUUUUUUUUCCUCUUUGGAAUUCUGUGUUGUUAAUAAGAUGAGAUGAUUACUUUUUAAUUAAAAUGAAAAAGUAAAA